CGGACAUCUGCCGUGCCGGUUGCUAGAAUCUUGGGCUGUUCUGAUUCUGUCAGCUGCUUCGGUUUAAUUAUGUCGUGCAUCAGAAAACUGAAAGAUGACCAACAGGACCUCGUCCAGCGCUUUAAAAAAUCACACCAUACUUUCCGGAUUAUUUCUUGCACAUUGGAUGAAGUUUCCUGUAGAUUUAUUCAUGGACAAUCUACCUUGGAGAUAACCGGUAGUCUUUUGGGUACAUAUCCCCGGUCUCCCCCCAUCUGGUUCUCCGACUCUGAUGAUCCAUUGAUCACUCGUAUUUUCGAUCAGCUUCAAAACACAGAUCCGACAAACUAUACAGUUCGUUCGUUGUUUAUGUCGAUCACGUGAUUCCCUUUGUAGCUUGACAGACAAGUGAAAAUGUUGGUGACGCAGUUGUGUCGAUAUUUCAACGUUCCCUAUCCCACUGAGUUACAGACACUUUGUCCUGAUUUCGAACCUGACUUGUCCCUUCCCGAUGCUACCCCGUCAUCCGAACCCAGAGGUGAAUCCCCCGAACCCAACAGCGACGCCGAAGAUACUGGAUUUGAGGAUGAAGAUGUACAGCUAAACGAUCCCUUUGAUGACUCAGCCUCCUCGGAAGAUCGACCCGAGUACGAUGGCAUAUCCGUCGAGGAUGCAGAACAGUUGGAAAAGUUGAAAGCUAAUCGACUCCAGUUGUGCGCCGAGGGCGUGACCAAAGGAUCAAUACAAUCAUCCGAUCGUCUGAUGAAAGAACUGCGUGAGAUUUACCGGUCCGAUAGUUACAAACGGGGUAUCUUUACGGUAGAACUACAGAACGAUAACCUUUACGACUGGAAGGUUAAGCUGUACAAAGUCGACGAAGACAGUGGAUUGCAUUUGGAUUUGCUUGCUCUGAAGAACCAUCCCAAACUUGAAAACCACAUCGGGUUACAGUUUAUGUUCAAGGAAACCUAUCCCUUUGAACCACCAUUUGUCCGCAUUCUUUACCCAGUAAUUGAGAAUGGUUAUGUUCUCGCUGGGGGAGCCAUAUGCAUGGAACUGUUUACCAAAGAGGGUUGGUCCAGUGCAUACGAUAUCGAAUCUGUGAUUAUGCAGUUGGCCGCCACCCUGGUGAAAGGACGAGGACGAAUCAACUUUUCUGCUUCCAGUAGUCAGUAUUCACUACGCCGCGCUCAACUCUCCUACCGAGGUCUCGUUCAGAUCCAUUCAAAGAGUGGCUGGUACACUCCUCCUCAGGCCGAUGGCUAGCUAGUCUUUUCGUUGAUUUCCGGACAAAUAAAUCAUCCUCUUUUCAACUGAGGGAGAGGUCCGUGUUUGUGUUUGUGUGUGUUUGCGUGUGAUAUCAUCACCCUACUCUUUGUGCCAACCAUGUAUGUCCAUGCAUUUCAAAUUCCCUUUCUUUGCCACUGGAUUCCGACAUUUUCACAACGACAUCCUGUACCAACUAGUUGUGACUUUUUGACAAUGCAGAGUUGCAUACUCAUGUUUCUUUUAUCGUGAUUACGGAUAACCACUUUCCAGAGGGUCGUCUGCACGUGUUCACGUACUGUCACUAUGAUCUAUGGUGGCGUUUUUGGAUGAGUUUUCCUUCCCCUUGCCCUUUCGCUGUACCAGAUGUGCUGUUCUGAAAGUAUCCACGCCCUCCCUCCAUUCAUUCAUUCAUUGUCACAAGGCAGCAGCAACGGCGCUGUUCAUUGUUGUUGCUAGUUUCUUUCUUCUGGGCUUUAUGCAUCCGCUGCUGUCCAUUUGCUCCGGUUUUUGUCCAACCGGCUGUGCGCAAGCUUUCUUGGUCAUCCUGCGUUCCCGAUCAUGUGACCAACCUUGCGCGCAUGCACCGAACGCACCUAUGUGCAAGCGUGCGUACUUCCGUGUGUAGCUUCGUACUCCCCAGUGUCGUACGCAUGUCAUACGACUGACCUAGACUGCAUAUCUCUUCAGCCGCUUGUGAUACCUUCACACCUAAACACACGCACGCGCACACGUAUCGUGCUCUCUUAAACUGGCAAAAUAGAUCAUAGUGUUGUAGCACACUCAUUCACUGUUCCUGUUCAAUGGCCACUCAUCUGUUCUGUUCUGUUCCGUUCUGUGUUCCCUUCAUUCGGUCAGCUUUUGUGUUACUCACUUUGCUGUUCCUGUUUACGCCAUCCAAUUUCGAUCGCUUGGACUUCCCUGGUCACCGAAUGUUUCUAUCUGACCCUCUUCAGUUGAGACUUUCGAACGGCUGUCAUUCGACUGGCCGCCUUGAAAUGGUUUCCUUUGAAAUUACAGCUUGAAUCCGGAG